UUAAAGUGAGUCAUCCUUCGGCAAAACUCAGAAAAAAAUACCUACAAAGCAGAAGGCAGUACUGUGAGUCAUUUGUAGGGACGAAACAGGACUGAAGCGCGCCAGCACUGAGUUCAUUCCAGAAAGUAGGUGCACAAGAGACAUUUUCAUUUUAUGGUUUUCUCGCAGAACAACUUAAGCAAGCCUAUUAUUAGUCACUGCCUUAAAGCGGGGAAACAUCUUCUUUUAAUCCAAACCUGUGUACUUGGACUAAAUGAGCACGCGCACAGCCUCUAAUAAAAACGUAAUUUUAAGUGACUCCUAGGAUCUGGAUGGUUUAAAGCUGCUUGAACGUUUAUAAUAAUUGGGAUAUUUAUCUAACUUUAUUAAGCACUGUAUAAAGAUAAGGACAGCAGCUUGGUUUUGGAGGUGUAUUUUUUUUCUCCCCCCCCACAAAGAAGACGCAGACUCAGUGUCGGAACUUACUCUGAACCUGUUUUUUUUUUUUUUUUUUUAUUUUUAUUUUUUAUUUUGUCCCUCUGGAUAAUGUACCAGGAGUACUGCGGCAGCAGCGGCGCGUCCCCGGUGAGAGUGGACUCGUUCACGAGCGGAACAGGCGGCAGUCCGAUCUCAGCCUCCGGAUACCAGAAGUACAGAGUCGACAUGCCCGGAUCUAGCAGUGCCUUUAUUCCAACCAUUAAUGCCAUAACCACCAGCCAGGACCUGCAGUGGAUGGUCCAACCCACAGUCAUCACAUCAAUGUCUAAUCCAUACUCACGCACUCAUCCGUACGGCCUCUCAGUGCCCAGCGGUCCCAGCCUCCUCAACCACACAGCCCUCACACGCCCUGGGGUCAUCCGCUCCAUCGGCGAUGCCCGAGGACGACGCAAGAGAGAUGAACAGUUGACACCAGAGGAAGAGGAGAAAAGGAGAGUGAGGCGAGAAAGGAACAAGCUGGCUGCUGCUAAGUGCCGUAACCGUAGGCGAGAGCUGACCGAAAUGCUGCAAGGGGAAACCGAGAAGCUGGAGGAGGAAAAGGCCGACUUGCAGAAAGAGAUCGAGACGCUCCAGAAGGAGAAAGACAAGUUGGAGUUCAUGCUCGUGGCUCACAACCCCGUGUGUAAACUUCCUCCAGAGGAGCGUCACCAGAGCGCCCUACCUGAGCAGUGUGCCCCUCUGCCACUUACCACCAUGCGCCCAAACCUAGCAUCCCGGUCGCUCAAUUCCCACAACCCUAUCGUGGUGAAGCAGGAGCCCAUGGAGGACGGCGAUGAGCAGGAGCAGGUGAAGAGCCAGCACUCGGUCAUCAAGCCCAUCUGCCUGGGUGGUGGGAUUUACUGCUCGGACGGAGACAGCCUCAACACUCCCGUGGUUGCUGCUUCCACUCCGGUGUCCACUCCUAGCAACCCUAGCCUCAUCUUCACUUACCCCAACAUGCUGGAGCCCGAAAGCCCUUCGCCCUCCUCAGAGUCGUGCUCCAAAGCCCACCGGCGCAGCAGUAGCAGCGGAGAUCAAUCCUCAGACUCGCUCAACUCGCCCACCCUGCUGGCUCUCUGAGAAACGCAUCUUCAUUAGCCCUUUCAGCUCAGCACUCUUCACCAACGAGUCCCCUACACGGGACGGACCCAGAACCUCAUCUCUACGGAGCCGAGAACUCUCAAGGGCUACCUUGCUCGUUUUAUUUAACCAUCUCAAAAGGGAAAUGUCUUUUAAGUGUUUGUGACCUAUUUUUUUUUGCCCACACGCCAUUUCAGCUACCAGAUCAACCCGGACUGAAAAAACGUCAGAAUCAAACGGCGAGAAGGACAAGAGUCGACACCUACAACUGCAGAAUUCCAAAUCGCUUUACAUCGGUCUGGGGUGGGAAACUACCUAUUUCCUGUUUGUUCACGAAAAGUUCGGGACGAUAAAAGGGAUUGGGGAGACGUGUGAAAAGUCACAUUCCUGCUCGGUACACAGUUUGGGAUCGGACACUACAGAAUCAAGCACAUGUCUUCAAAACCAGCGUGACAUUUACACGAUUCACACUUUUUGUAUUUAUGACCUGUGUUUCUAUUGUCCACGUGUAUAUUGUGUCCUGCUGAAUUCCUCAGUGUCUGACAGAAAAGAAACAAACAUGUAUUAUUAAAGGCUGACCUCUUCAACUCUUUAUCUCUACCUGGCAUGUUGUAAAACCUUUACAUUACUUUUUCUAUAUAUAAUUAAACACACACAUACACACUUCGCUGAAGUUAAUGUCAGGGAUCUUUUAUUUUUCUUUUCUUUUUUUUUUUUGUCUGUGUGAUGGAGUCACACAAGCAUUAAUGAAAGCAAUCAAGUCAGAACACAGGCGUGUGUACCUGAGGACAAACUCUAGCCAUAUUAGGUUCAGCCUCAAACCCUUUACACGGCAAUACUGCUUUUUAUUGGGGCAGACACUGUGGUAUUAAAAAUGGAAAUUAUGACUAUGUAUUACUUUUAUAGUGUACUUUUAUGGCUUGAUCAAUAAAUGUCUUUUUGUGCAGACUUUCAGCUGAGACAUAACCAAGCCAAAUGGGCACUUGUCCCUCCAGCACUGGUUGGGCCUCGAUUGCCAGAAACAGGAGCAGAUGCACUAUUGUUACUGCACUCUGAUUGAAAAGAAAUCGGCAUUCUUCUUACGGUCCAACUUUAGAAGGACUGUAACGGAUGCCUGUGUGGUCCAGAACAACGAUAUCCCAAAAAAAAAGAAAAAAAUCUCAUUUCUGGUUGUGAAGAAAGAAUAUCAAUUGCAAUAUUUCUGAGUAAACUGUUUACUGUAAACAAACAUUCCUUUCGGAAAAGCAGACGGGACGCAGUGCGGAGACCUCUGCCGAUUUGUUGGGAGACUGAAGAGAACAAAAGCGGGGAAAAUGCUGACUUGAAGAUUUGAAGGAUUUAUUCUUUGUCACUUAUUUAUGUCGGGGAUUUUCAAGUCUGCUAAGGAUCUGCUCAGAAUUAUCAUAGUGUUUUGAAGCAAGGGAGUAAGAGUUUAAUGGGGGGGAAAUCAAUACAAUACCAAAAACAAAAGAGGGAGAGAGAUAGUGAAAGACUGAGUUUUAUCCAGUCUGCCUGUGAGUUCUUGAACUACAUAGAUCAAGCCAUCUUUAAGCCCUAUGUACAUGUCCUGCUUUUUCUGAACAAUAGUUUCUCUUUUGUAAUUGCUUUAACUGUUUAAAAGGCAGAAAAUGACGACAAAAACAGCAAUAUGUAUGUCAGUGUUUGUUCUUUUUUUGGUUAUUUAAAUGGAUUAUUAUUAUAAAUAAUAAUAAAACAUGCAAAUGGUAUUCUCGAUAGUUGUACUAUUUCUUGUCCAUGAACAUUUUUGUUUCUGAUCAUGUUGGUGGGUAUCUCAUGCUUGUUGGAGUUUCUUCUUCUUUUAAGUCGGUUUGUAUUUGGAUGAAUGCACCUCUCUCAUCCAUCCCAGUAGGCAAUAACACUCCAAGAUCUUAACACAGAGCCAUAUGCAAAAAUGUGCACUUAAUAUGAGGACGUAUUGCCAGUGGAAACAUUAUUAACAUUAACCGUAAACUUUCCUGAGCAAAAAAAAAAACCUGAAAGGGAUAUUCAUCACCUCCGAUUUAGCGCUCUUUACAUAAAAUCAAGUGUGUGCAGAUUUGGUGAAAGGAUAGAAAUGUAUUUUUAGGAUUGACUCGUACCCCUGGACAGAACUGGUGGGCAAGGUGCAUUCAGAACCUGCUAUUAUUAUAUCAUUAUUAUUAUUUUUUUUUUAUGAAUAUGAGUCAGUAUUUCACCUGAUGAAAUUAUGUAAUAAAUCCUGAUUCUUUACUUGGUUGACAUGGUGUUAGGAGUGAUCUGUUUGCAAAAAAAAAAAACAACAACAAAAAAAAAAGGCUUUUACAGUUGUGUGUGGAGCUGUAUGUGUCUGUUGUGAAAAGGUCUUUCUUUUAAAAUAAAUAUAAAAAGUUA